GCGUUUUACAAAGUUAUUCGUACGUGAUGUUAGUCUAUUUAUUUUAAUAUGGAUUCUACUAAAAAGUAUGUGAAUCCAUCUCCAGAAGAGAAAGCUAGUCUUUUGUCGAAGAUUUUUCAUUGGUGGUUUAUACCAUUUUUUAAAUUUGGAUAUUACAAUGAUAUCGAUAUGAGACAUGUAUAUAAUACAACAACCUCCGACUUAUCAGAGAGACUUGGAGACGCCUUGGAAAGAAAUUGGAAGCAUGAACUUAAAAAAGCUAGUAACAAUAAGAAAAAACCAAGCUUAAAAAAAGCUAUCUGGCGGACAUUUUGGAAACCUAUUUCUGUUACUGGUAGUAUCACAUUUUCCAACUACAUGGUUACACGUUUGGCACAGCCUGUUUGCUUAUCAAAAUUUAUUGGUUUCUUUAAAACAGACGAACCAAUUUAUUAUGGUUGGAUAUGGGGAGUGAGUAUGAUCGUAUUAAUGUAUAUUAAUACUAUCUUAUAUCACUUAAACAGCUUCUUAACCCAACGUGAUGGUAUGAGAAUACGUAUUGCAGUAUGUUCCAUCAUGUAUAGAAAACUCCUAAAAUUAAACCAUGGUUCACUUAGCAAAAUAAGUACUGGGGAAUUAGUGAACCUUCUUUCCAACGAUGUUCAAAGAUUUGAUUUAGCUUUUGAGUUUCUACAUUUUAUCUGGAUUGCUCCGUUUUUUUUCCAUUGCCAUUUUUUAUAUUUUGUACCUGUACGUUGGCUUGAUUCCUACAAUAGCUGGAUACAUUGUUAUACUACUGCAAGCUAUUCCUUUACAGGGUUUCAUUUCCAAACUACUUGGAAAAUUACGAUUUCAAGUUGCUGAGAGAACUGAUAAAAGAAUAAAAAUUAUGAAUGAAAUAACUUCCGGAAUGAAAGUUAUAAAAAUGUAUGCUUGGGAAAAACCCUUUGAAAAAGUUGUCCAACAAGCCAGAAAGAUAGAAAUUAAUACGAUAAAAAAAUCUGUUUUUGCAUUUGCUAUUAUAUGUGCAAUGGGUAUAUAUACAGAUCGCAUCAUUCUUUACUUAACUUUAAUUCCAUAUGUAUAUUUAGGCUCGGAUUUAAGUGCGGAUACUGUAUACUUUGUAGCGAGAUUGAAUAAUGAACUUCAAGGAGUGGUAACUAUAUUUUCUCCGAGAGCUUUCUCCUUCUCUUCUGAAUGCAUAUCAUCUAUAACUAGGCUCGAAAAUUUUCUCAUGCUUGAUGAGCUUCAGGUGGACCAAUUAGGAAAUCAAGAUUCACAUUUAAUUCAAUUAGGGAAUAUUACUCUCCGAAACGCAACAUCUACUUGGAAACAAAUGAAUAUAGUACCGACAAUAUCAGAUAUUAACUUGCAUAUUACACCUGGGAAACUUUGCUGUGUGGUGGGUAAAGUGGGAUCAGGUAAAUCUAGUCUUCUACAAAUAUUGACAAAGGAGUUACCUUUAUUAAAUGGCGAGAUGAAUAUUACGGGAAAAGUAUCUUAUGCUUCGCAAGAACCUUGGUUAUUUGCAUCAAAUGUGAAAAGUAAUAUACUAUUUGGUAAACCACUUUUAAAAGACAGAUACCAAGAAGUCGUCAAAGUCUGCUGUCUUGAACAAGAUUUUAUACAACUCCCUUAUGGAGAUAAAACUUUAGUAGGUGAGAGGGGAACUUCACUAAGUGGAGGUCAAAAAGCAAGAGUAAGCUUGGCCCGAGCUGUGUAUACGGAUGCAGAUAUUUAUUUAUUUGACGAUCCGCUUUCAGCUGUGGAUACUAAUGUGGGAAAGCGCUUGUUCGAAUCCUGUAUAAUGCAAUACUUACGUGGAAAAACUAGAGUUUUAGUGACUCAUCAACUUCUGUUUUUAAACAAAGCUGAUCUUAUUGUUGUGAUGAAGGAUGGAAAAAUAGAAAAAGUAGCUAAACCCAGCGAGUUUACUGAGAGCGAGUUAAAUCUAAUACAAAAUGAUACUUAUACGACUGAAAAAGAUAAUAAAUUAGAUGAUCUUAAAAUUGAAAAAAUCGACUCAAUUAUGUACGAAUCUAGUGAAUCGAUAAAGGACUCUGUUGAUGAUGAAGAUCCACAAGAGACUGAUGAGUUAAUGGAAAAGGGUAUUAUUCCCACAUCAACCUAUUACAAGUUUUGGCGUUGUGGCAUAGGAUUAUGUUUUUUAAUAUUUGUUUUCCUUAUGUUCGUUAUAUCGCAAAUUGUAACCAAUUCUCUUGAUCUUUGGGUAUCCUAUUGGAUUGCAACUGAAGAAAAGGGAUAUCUUACUUUCAACACUACACUGGAUUCUAAUGCAACUGCAUCGUAUCCUGCAGAAGCGUCGAAUAAAACGAAAUAUAGACUAUUUUUCAUUUUUAUAUAUUCCGGCUUACUGGCCCUUACUGUCAUAUUGGUUACAUGGAGAAAUAUUAUAUUCGUUCAGGUUUAUAUGAAAUCUGCCAAAGCUCUACACAAUAAUAUGUUUAAGCAUAUUCUUCGAGCUCCAAUGAGAUUUUUCGAUACUAAUCCUUCAGGUAGAAUUCUCAAUAGAUUUUCAAAAGAUAUGGGAACUGUAGAUGAACUUUUACCACGUCUUACGAUUGACGCUAUACAAAUUGUACUGGUAACGUGUGGUGUUUUUGUAAUGGUGUUUAUAGUAUCCCCAUGGAUGAUAAUUCCAUCGCUUGUAGUGAUUCCUUUAUAUUACCUACUAGGAGUAAUUUAUUUAAAAGUUGGUCAUACUUUAAAGAGACUAGAGGGAGUUGCUAAUUCUCCAAUAUUUUCGUAUUUAUCUGCAUCGUUAAACGGAAUUAAGACAAUCAGGUCUUCUAAUGCUGAAAAGAUGCUUAUUUCAGAGUUUGAUUCCUUAAAAGAUCAACACACCAGUACUUUUUUUUCGUUUUUAGUGAGUAGUGUAGCACUUGGAUUGUAUUUAGAUCUAUUAAGUUGUACUUUUAUAACAUUUAUUUCAGCCCAAUUUCUUCUGUUUAAACACGAUAUAGGUAGUAGUUAUGUCGGCUUAGUUAUAACUCAAUGUUCUUUAUUAAAUAUUAUGAUUCAAUUUGGAAUUCGUGCAAGCGCAGAGCUUUCAAGUAAUAUGAUAAGCGUUGAAAGGAUUUUACAAUAUACAAAGCUGGACACAGAAGGCCCAUUUGAAUCACUGCCAACUAAGAAAGCUCCUAAAAAUUGGCCAGAUAAAGGGCAAAUUUCAUUUAAAGAAAUGUACUUAAAAUACGCGCCGGAACAGUCGCCUGUUUUGAAAAAUUUAAACUUUGAAAUAAAAUCUGGAGAGAAGGUUGGAGUAGUGGGUCGAACUGGUGCAGGGAAAUCAAGUUUAGUUUUCGCAUUAUUUAAACUUGCCCCAAUAGAAGGAUCAAUUUUUAUAGACGGGAUAAAUAUUUCAGAUCUAGGGUUAAAUGAGCUAAGGAUGAAUAUUUCUAUUAUCCCUCAAGACCCAGUUCUAUUUUCGUCCACAGUGAGAUAUAAUUUAGACCCCUUUGAGAAACACUCUGAUGAAAUUUUAUGGAAGGCUUUAGAAAAUGUACAACUUACAAGUGUUAUUCAUAAUUUAAGUCAGCUUAUUACUAAAGGGGGUUCCAACUUUAGUGCAGGUCAAAGACAAUUGAUUUGCCUUGCAAGAGCGAUUGUUCGUAAUAAUAAAAUUCUUGUCAUGGAUGAGGCAACUGCGAACGUAGACAUGCAAACUGAUACUCUUAUUCAAGAAACUAUCCGUGAAAGGUUUAAAGACUGCACCGUUAUAACUAUUGCCCAUAGAUUAAAUACAAUUAUGGACUCUGAUCGAAUUUUGGUGAUGGACGCUGGUGAAAUGAUGGAAUUUGAUCAUGCAUUUAAACUUUUAGAAAAUUCCAAAGGAUACUUCAGUAAAAUGGUAGACGAAACAGGAUUAACAAUGAAACAAACGCUAAGGGAAAUGGCAAAGAAUGACUAUCAAGCAAAAAAGAAAAAUAUCGAAAAUAUUUCGUAAUGUAAUAUUU